AUAAGUGCAAUGGAGGAGAAGGAUUCACAGUUUUUUAAAUUCAGUUCUCAAUAUCAUGAAACUUCAAACUAAUGCUUGCUAGAUAAAUAGAAAUCGAGAAUCAUUCUUUCGAGCUUCAUUCAUGUCCCUCAAUCUGCUCUGCAGUGCUCGUCAAGAAAAGCAUGCAUGGCUGUCUGUGGCAAUGAAUUACAACAUCCUAGCUCCCAAAUAGAAAAUAUGAUGUGUUCCCACCCUAUGUUGACCUCAGCUUCAUCCAACUUGAUUAAAAACAGCAGUUGACCACUGCACUUUUAAUUUCAUCAUCCCUUUCUUCAUUCUAUUCUUGCAACAGCCACAGUUGUGGAUUUUGCCAAAAUUAGCUUGUGCAUUUCAAAGUGCUUUUAUUCGCCCCUCCCUUUCAGGUUGUGGUGCUUUAGGAAAUGCAUGUGGGCUUUCACACUUUCAAGAAUCCAUGGAUCAUUCAAGGGUCCUUGUGCUUCUCUCUCUCUCAUGGAGUUUCUUGAUUUUGAGCACAGAUCAGCUGCAGCCAUCCCAAACCCAAGUGCUGCUGCAGUUAAGAAAGCAGUUGGAGUAUCCAAAAGAGUUGGACUAUUGGCCCAUCCAUGGAAUUGAUCUCUGCUACUUGCCAUCUCCCCAAGUGAACAUCACCUGCCAAGGUGAUUCUGUCACUGAGAUCAGAAUAGUUGGAUACAACAGGACCAGAAAUAUUGCCAGGUUUGAUGGAUAUCCUAGUCCGGAUCAAACCCUGUCUCAGAAUUUCUCAGUGGACUCCCUGGUGACAACCCUGUCAAGAAUAAACUCCCUCAGAGUCCUCAGUUUAGUUUCAUUAGGCAUCUGGGGUCCAAUCCCCGACAAAAUCCACAGACUAGAGUCCCUUGAAUAUCUGGAUUUCAGCUGGAAUUUCCUGUACGGCUCUGUUCCACAGGCAUUUACAAGACUUGGGAGGCUUCAACUUCUUAAGCUGGACGGUAACUUCUUGAAUGGCACUUUACCAGACUGGUUUGAUUCAUUUGCUAACCUCACGAGCUUGAGUUUGAGCAACAACAGGCUUAGCGGCUCAUUGCCACCUUCAUUGCAAAAAACCACUUCGCUGACAGAAAUCAAUCUGUCAAACAAUGUUAUGUCUGGCAAGUUGUUGGACCUGAGCAGCUUGGCUGGAUUAAAGUCUCUUGAUUUGAGCAACAAUUCCUUCUCUGGAAGUAUCUCCAAUCAAUUCGACCACAUGAAUCAGCUGCAACAACUUAACCUGUCUUUCAAUGCUUUCGAUGGGACAGUUUCCGCAGCACUUUUUGCCUUGCCUAAUAUUACUUCCCUGAAUUUGUCAUCAAAUAUGCUGACAGGACCCCUUCCAGUGGAUUUGAGCUGUGGCAGAAAUCUUGAAUUGGUAGAUAUCUCAAACAACAGGUUGAGAGGUUCCUUGCCUCCAUGUUUGAGCUCCUUGAAUGAACACCGUGUCGUCAACUUUGGAGGAAAUUGUUUUUCAGGUGAUCUUGGACACGAUCAGCAUCCAGAAACAUACUGUGCAGCCAAUCCCAAAGAAGAGAAGAAACUGAAACGGAAGAAUAAGAAGAUAUUAGGAGCCAUCAUUGGUGGAACUGCCGCAAUUUUGGCAUUGCUAGCCUUAAGCUUUCUCAUGUUGUCUCGACAGUAUUGUCCACGAGGAACGCAAGAGCAGCACUUACAGCAAGAAAACUCCAUCACAGGGGCUACUAAUGCUGAGAUAGUAAAGCUGAGCUCACAACAUUUGCCGCCUCACCGGCUCUUUACUAUAGAUGAGCUAAAGGCAUCUACUUGCAGCUUUGACAAAUCCACAUUGAUGGGAGAAAACUCAACUGGAAAGAUGUACAAAGGCAGAUUGGAAAAUGGGAGCAGCAUCGCCAUCAGGGCACUGACAGUUUCCAAACGCUAUACGGUCCGAAACUUGAAACUCAGAUUGGAAUUUCUGUCUAAGCUUCGGCAUCCACAUCUAGUCUGCCUGUUGGGGCACUGCAUUGACAGUCUAGGGGAAGAUGGAUCCGGUGCUAACAAGGUCUAUCUCAUAUACGAAUACAUCCCACAAGGCAACUACCGCGACUAUCUUUCCGAAGGCAAUCCAGAGAAGGCAUUCAAGUGGGCUGAUAGAUUGGCCAUUCUUAUAGGCAUUGCCCAAGCUGUGCAUUUUCUGCACACUACAAUCAUUCCUGGAAUUUUCAGAAAUAGACUGAAAGCAAACAACAUACUGCUAAAUGAGCAUGGGAUAGGAAAGCUGAGCGACUAUGGGUUGUCUGUUAUAGCUCAAGACAUCGACAAGGACAAGCGAGAAGAUGGGCAUGAGAGCUUGGAGGAUGAUAUUUACAGCUUUGGGCUGAUAAUGCAAGAAUCAAUUAUGGGACAGGCUUACUCCAGCAUCUCAAAUCGCAAGAUCGAGCCUGACCCUGUCGUGCGUGCAUCAAGUUCUCCAGAAUCACUUGUAAUCAGCACAUCCCUAACUACCAACUGCAUUUCACCUGAAUCGUCCACCCGUCCUUCUCUUGAGGAGAUCAUCUCCUGCUUGCAGCACGCGGCCCGUGUUCAAGCAACAUAUGUUGCCUAAUGUCACAAAACGAGCCAUUAUGUCGUUCUCCAAAUGUACUAGCACACAAUUGUUCGGAAGAAUAUUGUGCCUACCAACCGUCUUAAAAACUAUUCUUCAGAGGAGUGAAACAUUGCUCUCACCCUGCAACUAUCUCAGGCACAGGGCUGGCUGAGCCAUGGUGGGAGCCAGUUAUAUAUUUAUGUUAUAUAUGUAUAAUUUUUAUAUAUAAAACUUAUUUGAUAUAUAUAAUUAUGAAAGAUUAUAAUUUGAUGGUGUA